AUGGCCAUGGCUGGAAAGCUACGCGUUGGCGCAAUGAUCCUCAAGAUAAGAAUCAAUUCGCCCGAAGACCCGUUGGACUUCAUUCGCGAAAUUCAAGGAAGCCAAAAGCUAUGGCGUGCUGCACGCACGGAGCUUAUGGGCCGGCCUUUCGAGUACGCAGCGUCUCAGGAAGGGGAGGGUAACCCCCUUGUGACCAGACUCCUAUCAUCCAGAAAUCAUCCAGACACUGUCAAAACCACCGUUGGCUCCCUCUAUGCCGCUGGGACUGAUACAACGACAGUCGCGCUCAAAUCUUUCUUAGUCGCGAUGAUGCUCUUUCCUAAGGCACAGCGAGGAGUUAGACUCGGUGGUAACCAGCGAUGCCACGGGAUUGGGACAUGCACCGAUCCAAGAGGAUAUUUUGGAUGGUAUGACAUUUCCCCAGUCAUGAAGAUACAAACCCCCAAUACCCCGGCUCAGGAUACUUCAUCGCGGACGAUUCAUUUAUUAUUACCAAUCAGUGAUUAG